CUCACUGAGAAGCCCCGCAGUGCAGGCUUUGUCCCCUCAUUGUCACAGGCUUAGAGAGCCUCUUUGCCAAGUGAGAGGCUUUGGCGACAUAUGUCACUUCAGUGAGUCUCCUGUCGCUCCUUUAGCCACUUGAGUGGAGGGGCGGGCAGGGAGGCGUGCCUGUGCACCAUGAGAGGAACGACGUGAGGUUAAGGAGGAAGGACAUGUCAGAUAUGUUGGUUCAGAGAGAGUUGCUGGAAUGAUCUCUUGAUGGUCCUGCCCUGCAAAAUGUUUUGUAUGGACUUGUAGUUCAGCUGCACUCUGAUAGAAGUGGACUUAAGAUGUAGAAUGACUCAGAAACCAGUCCUCUUCCAUGUGCCUUACAAAUCCCAAGUGACGCCAGUUGAUCCAUAUCAACACGUUCUCCUGAUCUCGGCUGUCUCCAUCCACCAGUGGAGGGUGAUGAGGCUGGUGGGGAGCCUGCAGCUUGUUCUGCUUUUGGCCUUCACCUCCACAGCCACAGGCCUCAACAUCCCUCUGGAAGUGGAGCAGCCACCAACCAUAAUUAAUAGCUCAUCUGGUCCCAUUAUUGCACUUCCUUUUGACAAGUCCAUUACCAUCCAGUGUGAAGCCAGGGGCAACCCACCACCAGAAUACAGAUGGACCAAAGAUGGCAAAGAAUUCAUCCCUCCCCACGUCACGACAAACAGACAUCACCGAGUUGGUACCUUCGUGCUUCACAACAAGCAGGUUGUCGAGUUUCGUGGUAAAUACCGAUGCUACUCUUCUAACAAGUUGGGAACUGCCAUGACGGAGGAGAUUGAACUAAGAGUUCCCAAUGUGCCCAAGUUUCCAAAGGAGGUCAAUUCCCCCCUCGUUGUUAAGGAGGGAGAUCCAAUCAUCCUGGAGUGUAACCCUCCAGAAGGAGUAGCCCCAAUUAAGAUCUACUGGAUGUCUAUUGGUCUCGAGCACAUUGAGCAGGAUGAGAGGGUUUCUGUGGGCGCUGAUGGCAACCUGUACUUCGCUUAUGCCUUACUGAAAGACAGUCGUCAGGACUACUGUUGCUUUGCCUCCUUCACCAAAAUACGCAUCAUCGUCCAGAAAACCGCCAUGGCUGUCAUUGUCAAGAGCUUGAAACCUGGCAAUGAAUCUGCUGACAGCGGGGAAGCCACAGCUGAACCCCCCCCUGUGAGGAUGUCCGGCCUGCUGCUGCCCUCUGGUGUUCAGACAGAGAAGGUGCUGCUGAGGGGAGAGCAUCUGAAGCUGGAGUGUAUUCCUGGUGGAUAUCCGACCCCGAAGGUAACAUGGAUGAAAAUGGGAGACAAGCUGCCUUCACGGACAACAUUGAACAAACAUGGAAAGCUGUUGUCCAUUUCCGCUGUAGAUGAGAGUGACGCUGGGAAAUACAUGUGUAAAGCCCAGAACUCUGCUGGAGAGGCUGUCCACUACUUUGAUGUAAUAGUGGAAGAGCCGCCAAAGUGGCUGUCAGAGCCUCCUCAGAGCCAGCUGACCGUGAUCGGGACUGAUGUUCACAUCAAGUGCUCGGUCAGUGGAAAACCAUCGCCGGACAUUACAUGGAGGAGGAAUGGACGACUGUUCAAAGAUGACCCAGUGAACAACAGGCGAGUGCUCGAUGACACCGUGGUGCUCCACAACGCCAAAACAGAGGACAGCGCCGUCUACCAGUGUGAGGCCUCCAACAGCCACGGCAGUGUUCUGGCCAACAUUAACAUCAUGGUCAUGAAUAUGGCUCCUUUGAUACUGACAAGGGACUACCAAGAGUACGCUGUAGUAUUAGGAGGGGACAUCCUCCUGAACUGCAGUGUUUUCAGCUCUCCGCCAUCCAAAAUCUCCUGGGCCAGAGAUGACACGCUGGAAACCAUUGAUGGGAUACGCUUUUUCCCUCUAAACGAAUCUUUGCAAAUCAUCAGUGCAGACAAAAAAGACAGUGGGAUAUACCAGUGUGUUGCCUCUAACAGCGAGGGCAAGUCUGAUAUCACUGCCGUGCUGGAUGUGAAAGACCCUACACACAUAGUAUACCCACCUCAGGACGUGCAGGUCAUCAGUGGCACCACAGCCCAGCUGAUGUGCCAGGCAGAGUAUGAUAAAAGCCUGCAGAGCACCUUUGAGGUGGUAUGGAGGAAGGAUGGUGAAGAGAUCCCACUUUUGUCUGAAGAAAAUUCCAGAUACUUUGCGGACUAUGGCAUGCUGCAGAUCAUGAGUGUGAACCUGAGCGAUCAGGGAGCGUACACGUGCGUUGCCAGAACCAGCCUCGAUGGGGACAAUGCCACUGCACUGCUCACCGUGCUGGAUGUUCCCGAUGCUCCCAAAAUUGUAGAGAUUUCAGAACUUCAGAGUCCGAGGAAUAUUAGCCUGGAUUGGAUACCCGGGAGUGACCACAACAGCUCUGUGAUAGAGUUUAUAGUGGAGUACGAGGAGAGCCAAUGGGAGCCCGGAAGGUGGCGGGAGCUACAGAAAGUCCCCGGUAACCAGGCAACAGCGGAGCUGGCACUACAUGGUAACCUUAACUACCAGUUCAGAGUGUAUGCUGUUAAUGCUGUUGGACCUGGACCCCCCAGUGAGCCCACUGAGAGAUACAAAACACCCCCUGCUGCUCCUGAAAAAAACCCAGCAAACAUCAAAAUUCAAGGCCAUUCUCCUAAUCAAAUGGACAUUAGCUGGGAGCCGCUGUUGCCAAUUGAACACAAUGGCCCAGGCCUCGAGUACAGGGUGCGCUACAGAAAACUGGGGGUGGGAGAUGAAUGGAAGUUGCAUAUGGUCAACAGACACUCCUUUGUCGUGAGGAACACGUCCACGUUUGUCCCCUACGAGAUCGAAAUUCAGAGCAGGAACAGCCAUGGCUGGGGACCAGAACCUAAAAUCGUCACUGGUUACUCUGGAGAAGAUGUCCCGACCGCAGCACCACGGGACAUAGCGGUGGAGGUGAUCAACACCACUGUUUUGAGAGUUAGCUGGACCCCCGCCCCCGCCGCCACAGUGAGAGGUCAUCUCGGGGGCCACCAUGUUCACUGGGUGAGGAGACGAAGUUUGCUGAAUCCGAACAAGAUUUUGGAUGAGCGCCAGUCCCUGUCUUUUCCUGGGAAGAGGACUCAUGCCAUCGUGCCGGGCCUCGAGCCUUUCUCCGAGUACAGACUCACUGUCAAUGUUUUCAACAAGAAGGGCAAUGGGCCCAACAGUGACCCGGUCACAUUCAACACUCCAGAGGGAGCUCCUGCACAAGUGCCCAUCCUGACUGCCUCCAACGCCCAGAUAGACUCCAUACUGCUGGUGUGGGGCCCGCCGCGGGAAGCCAACGGCAUCCUUACUGGUUAUCUCCUGCAGCACCACCUCAUUAAUGAGACCACAUUGGAGGUAGUGGACUCCCAGGAGACCCACAUCACCGGGGCUGACACCACCCAGUGGAAGCUCCAUGGCUUGGAGGGGGGGAGCCUCUACCGCUUCCUCCUCAGCGCCUGCACUGCAGCCGGCUGCGGCCCCCCGCUGACCCAGGAGAGCAGCACUGUAGCCCUAGAACAUUUGUCCCCGACUCCAGCUGGGGCCCCUGUUCAGAGCAUUCCAGCCUUGUUGAACGUAAGCUCUUAUGUGAGUGACACCUUUGCCAAAAUCAGCUGGACUGCCAUAGAAGAGCAGCAGGACUCGGAGCUUUAUGUGGCUUAUAUGAAUAACAGUGAUGGUUUCUGGCGGAUUUCAGAGGCUGUAAACGCUUCUCAAGGUUUCCACGUUAUUGAUGGGCUCAAACCUGGGACGGUGUACACUGUGCGCCUCAUGUCCAAGAGGCUGCUCGAUAACGCUAGCAUUUUUGAAGACGUUAUCCAAACUCGAUUACAAGGUGCUGUAGGUCAGAAGAGCAGUUUUUCCACCCAGGGCUGGUUCAUCGGGACCAUGUGUGCUGUGGCGCUCCUCACCCUCGUGGUACUCAUGGCCUGCUUUGUGCGACGGAACAGAGGUGGCAAGUAUGCAGGUACGCCGCCUCCGACCCAGAGACAAGAAAUGUUCUCCAUGGAAAAAGUGAAAGAGAAGGAGGACCUCCACCCGGACCCGGAGUCGCAAGGAUUGAAUGAGGACAGCUUUGGUGACUGCAGUGACAGCGAAGAGAAGCCACUGAAGGGCAGUAGCGUGUGUUCCCUGAAUGGCGCGAUGGGGGACGGCGUCAGCAGAGACAGCAUGGUUGACUACGCCGACGGCGGACGAGAAUUCAACGAGGACGGUUCAUUUAUCGGAGAAUAUUCCGAUCGCAGGCAAGGAGGCUCUGUUAGCGAGCCCAGUGGACCCAGACCAGUCACUGCAUAAAGCCAGGCUCCAAAUGCAACGGUCUACUUCAAAUCCUUUCAAGAUACUUUUCAAAUUCAGCUUCCCUGGCAUCAAAUAUAGCUAGAAUAUUUAAAUACGGGGGAAUAAAAAUGACUCAAAUGUGCAGAAGUUUGGCUCAGGGACUGGAAAAGGAAAAAUACACCCACCAUACACAUCAAAUCAAGAGUUGUUGUAUAUACUGUAAGAGAAUGAACUGUAUCUUUUGAGUUUUUCAAGAUUAUUAAAGUGUUUUUUGUACCUAUCAGC